AUGGCGGGUGUUGUUCCAACCGAAAUGUCCGCCAAUAGUCCAAGACGUACCGCCCAAUUUGCACGCAAUGCACAAGGUGGAGCAAAUACGGAGAUGAAGACCGGAAUCCUUCAACUUGUUUAUGCAAAUCCAUUCACCGGAAUGGAUCAUGAGGAUCCUUUCGCACAUCUCACCAAAUUUUAUGAGAUUGCGGGUUCAACGGGAGUCGAUGCAGCGAAUGAAGAAUCAUUGUUCAAGAGACUAUUUCCACACUCAUUAAUUGGGAAAGCCAAAGAAUGGCAACCUCCACCUCACAACAAUCCUUACCAAAGAAACAACCAAGGAUUUCAACCUUCAAGAUUCAACAAUCAACACUAUCAACAUCAAAGUCCUUAUCAAAGUCCAAACCCUCAAGGUCAAGGUCAACAAUCUCAAGGUGGGAGCUCAAAAUUGGAAGACACUCUUACACAAUUCAUGCAAGCAUCCAUGGCUAAUCAAAGGAGUAAUGAAGCAGCCAUAAAGAAUCUAGAAAACCAAGUGGGUCAACUUGCAAAGCAAUUGUCCGAGCAACAAACGGGGGCAUCCUUCUCCGCCAACACCCAAACCAAUCCAAAGGAACAUUGCAAAGCCAUUGUUACAAUAAGUGGGAGGAAGGUGAAUAACGGCGUGAAUGAAGAGGUUAUAGUGGAAGAUGAGGAGGAAUUAAUAGUUGAAGAGGAGGAAGUGACAAUUGAAAAUGAGGUAGAAAAGAGUGAGGAGAAGAUAGAGGAAGAAUUAGUUGAAAAAGAGCAGAAAGAAAAAGAAGAAAGAGAGAAAAAUGACAAAAAAGUGAAGAGGAAUAAAAAGAGAAAUGAGAAUAUGCUCACAAAGAAAAAGAAGUACACGGAUGAAGAGACGGUUGUGCUUGAUGCUCAUUGUAGUGCAAUUAUUCAAAAAACUCCCCCAAGAAAGGAAGUUGAUCCUGGACGAGUCAUUUUACCGAUCACCAUUGGAGGUAACUACAUUAGUAAUGCUUUGGUUGAUUUGGGGUCUAGCAUCAACUUAAUACCUUUAUCCGUUGUCAAGAGAUUGGGGAACAUUGAGAUGAAACAAACCAUGAUAACUUUGCAACUAGCCGAUAAGUCUAUCAUUUCAUCAUAUGGAGUUGUACAAGACAUGUUGCCUCCUAAGGAUGAACAUGACAACUUCCGAAUCGAUGAUGAAAAAGGAGAAAUCAUUGAGGUGGAGAAUCAAUUUCACAAGGACAAGGACAAGGUAAAUCAUGAGGGGAAGACUCAUCACAAAAACUUUAAAGUUGGACAAAUGGUGCUUGUGUGCAAUUCAAGACUCAAGGUGUUUCCUAGCAAGUUAAAGUCAAAGUGGUCGGGGCCAUUUGUUGUGAAAGAGGUGCGAAACUAUGGAUCCAUUGUGGUGGAGGACCCUAAAACACAAGAAAGCUGGACUGUAAAGGAACGAAGACUCAAAGUCUACCACGAUGAAUAA